AUGUCAAAUUCACGAUCCACAUCACGAAAAUCAUCCGUCAAUUCACGUCCUCAUCACACCUUGCCACUUCCACUCCCCGCAUCACUACGUGUACCAUCCAUCACACGAAGACCAUCCAACACUCAGCUAUCAUUUGUGUUCGCUCAAGGUGACUCGGCGAGGUCAGAUGCUCUGAAGAGUGAAGAUCGGUUGUCUAGACAGCUUGACGGGGAUCUGGGUGGGAAACAGAUGGGGUUGAGAAGUAGGAGAUCGUCUUCAGCUACAAUAAGAACAGUGAGGACGGUAUCCGGACUGAGAAGUCCUAGUCCCAGCCAUGCAAGCGUCAUGGAAGAGGAUGAAUCACAGCCUAUAGCAGGUCCAUCCUCAUCAACAAAGCCGACAUCUCCUUCAGCAGAUCCCAUCUCAUCAUCACCUCCCAGACAACCUUCACCAUCACCUCCCAAAAGAUCACUUAACCCCAAAGCAUCUUCGUCAUGGCUAAGAUGGAACUCACCUACACCUUCAUUCCCAAGAUCACCGUCGAUGAGCAAAGGUAAAGGUAAAGGGAAGGAGGUGGUUGAUGAUGUGGUGACGGAAGAGGACAAUGUUGAUAAAGGCACAUUGGCUACACCUCAACCAUCCACCAUCCCUCCUCCAUCUGAUUCUGUGCUCCCAACACCAUUACCACCACCUCCUCUCCUCAUCGAAUCGCCGACACAAAUUAUAUCCGAAUCUUUGACAGGUGCUUCCCCUCAUGUCACAAAUAUCAAACCCGAUGAACAUUUACCGCCUCCUGUUAGCAAACCCCGGGGCUGGUGGGGACGUUCGACGUCAGUCCACCCUACUCCGCUCAAAGAACCAUUUCAACCAUCUGACCAUUCUCCAAUAACCGUCGAAACUCCGUGCCAAACAAUGAACAUACCUGGCGCUCCUAUUUCCUCCUCUGAGGAUGCUCCUACCUCUUCCCCUCAGCCUAUUUCCAAUCCAGUUGUUCCGCCAGCCGCACCCGCUCCUACCUCUUCCACUUCCGCUCAGACAUCUCCACUUUCUGCGACAGUCUAUCAAGAUCCCUCGUCCACUACUUCUACUUCAGCCCCUCCGGCUAGUCAGGGGUGGAAAGGAUACUUGGGAUGGGGGACUGGUGUUAAAGACGUCAAGGCUACAACGGAGCAAGCAGAGGAUUAUGCUGGCACGACAACUGGUGAUGGGAAAGAUGGGGCACCUUUGCUGGACAGCGGAAGUGGUCCAAUGGAUACAUCUAUCGCAAGUGCACCUUCUGAUGAGCCGGAUCAACAAGAGGUUGAGUCCUCAACUGCUCAAGAGCCCACGGCAAGGGGGAACUCCUCAGCUGAAUCUGCUGCCCAUCCCCAACCCUGGUCUUCCUAUCUAUAUUCGUUUGUCGUACCACCACCACGUCAGCAGCCUAUUGCAUCCGGACAACCAACUCAUAGUCAUGCGGUUGAACCAUCUUCACCCACAGAAUACCAAAGACCGGUCCAUUCUGAAUCCUCCCCGAAGGUGAAUGUACGCGAAGCAACUCCCAUACCUCAUCCCGAACCAGAAAAUGAACCCACUCAGACACCCUCGGCGGCUCCCUCACUUGCCAGUAAUCCUGAUAGAAGACCGUCGACCACCGGCUGGUUGAAUUACCUCGCUUUCAGGGCCAGUCAGAAGAAGGUAGCUGGGAGUUCAGUCAAUACAAAUGAAACCGAUAAUAAAGCUACUGGUGAGGAGGUUAUGGACUUUUCAUCUGAUCCUGAUUUUCCUACUUCGUCUACUCCUGCUCCAUCCCUAGUCCCACCUCAAGGACUCAAGGGGAGAGACGUCAAGAUCGCUACUGCAUCGGUCAAGAGUGCCGCACCAAAACCAUCUCAGAACUUAGACGUCAGGAAGAAACGAUUAUCAAACGCCUCUUUGGUAUCUAACAGCAGUCACACUCCAGCGUCAGUCUCCCCCAAAGCCAGAUCGUCGAUAGAAGGCUCUCGACCUGGAAAUAAUGGCUCCUCCCUCCCUCCACCACCACAAGCUCCCACCGUUCAGCCUAAUCUCGUCAUUCCAACAUUUACCGACACCUUCGAUCGACCACCUCGUUGUUUUUUACCUGCAGCUCAACCUCAAGAACAGUCAGAAACCGCCUCAGGUCUCACGGCAGCGACCACUGGUCUUGCCUGGAAAGCGCUUGGUGCAGUCGGUAGCUAUGUAUAUGGGUCUGGAGAAGGAAAACACAAAGUCACACCUCGCACCAUACUGGAGAACGAGACGGAGCCGAGGGGAAGAAAGGAAGGUAGAAAUGUAGGAUCGGAUCUUCCAAGAAGAAUUGGUCUAGGUAGUGGGACUCCGGAUGAUGGUUGGAGGGAUGUGAAAAGGGUUGUCGCAGUGGGCGUUCAUGGGUGGUUCCCCGCCAAGAUGCUCAACAGUGUUAUCGGCGAACCCACCGGUACCUCUGUCAAGUUCGCUAACAUGAUGGGACAAGCUGUUCAACAGUUCUUCCAAGAGAAAGGUGUGGAUGAUAUUAGAUUGACUUUGAUGCCGUUAGAAGGAGAAGGAACGAUCGAGUCGAGGGUUGAUAGCAAUCCUGCUUGGAUCAAUGAAGUCCGUCGAGCAGAUGCAAUCUUCUUUGCCGCUCAUUCCCAGGGUUGUAUCGUCACCACCCAUCUCAUCUCUCGUAUGAUUGCUCAAGGCCAUAUUCGCACUCCUCUCAACGCCGAGGCCGUGUCAAGAUGCGAAUGGGCAUUCGGCCCAAUCGGUGUAGUACCUCCUGACGAACCGAGAAGAGGUAGACGGUCUCAUUCGCAUAUACAGGGGUCGGAAGGAGGACAUCAGAAAGUAGCGAUGUUGGCUAUGUGCGGUGUUCACCUCGGUCCAUUGUAUUCGAUCAGCACUUCAACUGUUAUUCAGCCUUACCUUCAAUGGUUCGAGAACGCAGCUGCGAGAGAAUUAUUCGAAUUUCAAGACUCCUCUUCGGCCGUUAGUGUAGCUUAUCAAAAAGCUUUAUCAAUGGUGUUGGAGAACGAAGUGAGAGUAGUACUCUUAGCCUCGCUGAAUGAUCAAGUGGUGCCCAUCUAUGGUGCAUCGUUUAGCACUGCUACCCAUCCUCUUCUUCUGCGGGCCCUCUAUGUCGACGGUGCUUCUUACACCCAGUCCGACUUCAUGACCAACCUUUUAUGCUUUGCCUUCAUGCUCAGGAAUGCUGGUAUAGAUGAUCAGAGGCUGGUGGAGCAUCUGAGUGAGGCUACGGCGGGUAGUCUUACAGGCGUGGGUCAUUCAACCCCAUACGAAGAAUUAUCCUCCUACUCUCUCGCCGUGCAAUAUCUCUUCCAUGCUGGACCAGCUCGUCAACCUGUACCACCACUCGAGAUAGAACCCUUCUCUGCAAGGGACGUGAAGAACGAUUUUGAAUUGCCUUGGAUAAUGAGAGCACUAGUGGACUCACCGGAAGUUAAGGAUAUCUUCCCUGGCGAGUUGAGGGAUUUGAAAGAGGGGAUUCUGCAUUGGAGACCGAACACGAAGGUAUUGAAGGAGAUCAAGAAGAGACUCGAGCCUAUGGCUGGGCGGCAGUCAAGGCUUCGAGCUCUACAUACGUCCCCGUCGUCUGUCUCUCUGCAUUCUAAUGGUACAGGUGAGGGAUUGGGUGUCAGCCCAGGUGCGAAUAAAGCUUUACAAUCAGGUAAGACUAAAGCUCGUCUGUGA